AGUGCGCGUGAGUCGAGUCCCCGGUUUUGCCCGUCGCCGCUUGGAGGAGGACGUUGUGCGCGUGUGGGUUGUUUGCAGUUCGGUGUUGCUUCUGCAGUUCGGUUCCGUCCAGUUCGGUGUCAUGGAGUGUCGCGUGCUGUCUGUGCAAAGUCACGUGGUGCGCGGGUAUGUCGGCAACAAGUCCGCAAGCUUCCCGUUGCAGGUUUUGGGCUUUGAGGUGGAUUCUAUCAACUCCGUGCAGUUCUCAAACCACACAGGCUACGAGCACUGGAGAGGGCAGGUGCUGAAUGCAGACGAGCUCCAGUCUCUUUAUGAAGGAAUCAAACUCAACCAGCUGACACACUACGACUACAUACUCACAGGUUACAGCAGAGAUGAGUCCUUUCUUCAGAGGAUCGUCGAGAUCAUUCAGGAGCUACGAAGCAAAAACCCAAAGCUGGUCUACGUGUGUGAUCCUGUGAUGGGAGACCACGGCUCAAUGUAUGUUCCGGAGGUUCUGCUGCCUGUCUACAAGGAGAAGGUUCUGCCCAUCGCAGACAUCCUGACACCCAACCAGUUUGAAGCAGAGUUGCUGACGGGGAAGAAAAUCACGUCAGAGGAAGAAGCCCUGGAGGUGAUGUCGCUCCUCCAUGAUGCUGGUCCCCACACUGUAGUCAUCACCUCCUCUGAUCUGCCGUCGCCGCGAGGACAAGACUACCUGGUGGCCCUCGGGAGCCAACGCAGAGGUGGGUGUGUGCAGCGUGUCCGCAUGGAUAUUCCUCGUGAGGACGCCGUGUUCGUGGGGACUGGAGAUCUAUUCGCCGCUCUGCUGCUCGCAUGGACACACACACACCCGGAGGACCUGAAGACGGCGUGUGAGAAGACUGUGUCCACUAUGCAGCAUGUCAUCAAGAGGACCAUGGAACACGCACACAGUGUGUGUGCAGGUGGUCGUCCUGGAGCUGCAGAGUUGGAGCUGCGGAUGAUUCAGAGCAAAAACGACAUCGAACAGCCAGACAUUACCAUACGAGCACAGAGCAUCUAGAUCCAAACACACACACAAACACACACACACACACACACACACACACACACACACACAUACACACACACACAUACAGUCCAUCUAGCGUCCAGACAUCACCAUACGAGCACAGAUCAGAUUAUCCAACUUCCAGAUAACACUGAUAACUCACUGAUCAUACGAGGUCACCAAGGGGUCACCAGAGGUCAUCAGGGGUCAUCAGAGGUCAUCCAGGAGUCAACAUUAGCUCUCAUCCGUCCUGUCGGUGCCCAACGGGUUCCGCCUGCCCGAUCCGUUCCCUUUGCACACUGCACAUGUGCAGUGUGACGUAUACGGAAGAGAAAUUGCCUGAUCUGUUCCGUUAAUGUUUUACUUUGUCGUUUUAAGUGUUUAUUUUGCAGGAGGAAGUUUGCUUUUUAAACUGUCUGUUUUAUAAUAAUACAGAAUCAUCACAGAAACGCUAAAUAAGGUCAGCAACUGGUCAGCUGACCAACUAACUAUUCAGAACACAAUAUCACGUUAUUUACAGCGACGAACGGCAUUUGAGCUGAAACAACGAUAUAAAGUAAAGGUAUAACAUAAAUAUAUAACAUCUCUCUUUGCGUUAAUGUUCUGGCGGCUGCAAAAUGAACAUUUAUAACGUGAAAGUCGUAAAGAAACGGGUCAGGCAGGCGGUACGUGUUGGGCACCUACACGUCUAUCUCUUUACUUCUCUCUCAUCCGUCCGUCUCUUUAUUUAACUCUCAUCCGUCCGUCUCUUUAUUUAACUCUCAUCCGUCCAUCUCUUUACACCGUCAUGACGACCACUCCAGCAUUCCGUCCUAGCAACGGCCAGCACAACAUUCCGUCCUAGCAACAGCAGUCUGACAUUUCCAGCAGCAUUAUCCCACAUGGAGACAGUACACACACACACACACACACACACACACACACACACACACACACACACACACACACACACACACACACACACACACACACACACACACACACACACAGGCCUUAGCAGUAUAUGUCUUAAUGAGGAAAAUGCCUUAUGUUGAUCACAUGAACACAUGCGCACACACACACACACACACACACACACAUUAUAAAUCACGGGACCUAAGCUGACCAUCUAACAACAUGGUAGCGAGUAAAUAUCUUCUGAUCUCGGUCAUCUCUGGGCUACAAAUAUGCUGUUUAAGAGGCUAGAUAAAGAUUAUUCAUGCAGAAGUAUUUUGUUCCGAGGCCGUCUGCAUGAAAAAUGUGAAGAAACACAGCUUUCUAAAAAGUUUAGGGGAUCGUACGAAAAAUUAAACAAAAAUAUCAGAAACAACAUAUAUGGAGCUCGUGGCACAACUCUAAGGGGAUCGAUCUAAGGGGAUCAUUUUAAUACCGCCAUUGGAUUACAUGCUACGAUUUUCGGCUAAAAACGCCUUUGAGGUCCCUAAAAAUGCCUUUGAGGUCCCAUGAAAUCGGGGGAAGUGACGUCACUUUCAAGCUCAAUUCAGUUAAGAACCACUGCUCUAGGGGGCGCUGUCUCUCUCUCUCUCAGUAGCUCUAAUCACAUGUAGGCCUCCAGCAAAUCUGAAUGUUAUCCUAAUGACACAUUAGAUUGUUGAUCUAAUUGCGUCAAGUUGAAUGUUAUCCUCUAAUUUCACUCUAGAGGGCGCUGCCUCUCUCUCUCAGUAGCUCUAAUUACAUGUACAGUACAACUGACUUGUAUCCUAAUUAGAUUGUUAUUGCCUCGUUAUACUGUAUGGAGCUGUCUCUCUCUAAUUGCCUCGUUAUAGAGUUGUCUCCCUCUAAUAGCCUCGUUAUGGAGCUGUCUCUCUCUAACAACCUCGUUAUACUGUAUGGAGCUGUCUCCCUCUAAUAGCCUCGUUAUACUCUAUGGAGCUGUCUCUCUCUAAUAGCCUCGUUAUGGAGCUGUCUCUCUCUAACAACCUCGUUAUACUGUAUGGAGCUGUCUCCCUCUAAUAGCCUCGUUAUACUCUAUGGAGCUGUCUCUCUCUAAUAGCUCUAAUCCAGUGAUUCUCAAAGUGUGGUCCGGGGAAUGAAAAGUAAGUGAUCUGUAUCGAAAUUAGCAGUGUCAAAUUAGCACCCAUCAACUGUCAAUUCAGUUGACAGGUGGUCCCUGAACAUUUUUGGGGGGACAAAGUGGUCCUUGGUCUGACAAAGUUUGAGAAACACUGCUCUCAUCACAAGCCAAGCUGAGCGCUAUCCUCUAGCUCUGAUCACAUGUAAAUCUGUCCUAACUCUAAUUCUACUCUAGUGGGCGCUGUCUCUCCCAGUAAUCCUCUUCACAUGUAAAUCUGGAUAUUAUCCUAAUGACACAGUAGAUACGACUAUGUCACUCAAUGGAGUCUGAAUGUCCUUUAUGCAACAGAUUUUGUAACGAAGCACAUGUGUAAAAUGUAGCAAUACAGCAUAUCAAUGACUUGAUUCAUGACAUGUUUACUAAUAAUGAAUUUAUGAAUUAAAUGACUAAUUGUUGAAUGAAAUUACUACGUUUCUAAAUAAACUGCAUUUCUAAACAACAAAA